AUGAAAAUUCCAUUUCGAUAUGAAUCAUUUCAGAAAUUAUUUAUUUAUCUUCAAAAACUUCGUCAUUUAUCAAUUAAUUAUCUUCUUGGAUCAAAUCAUUCACAGAUAGAUUUUUAUCCAAUUGAAUUAAAAGAUUUAAAAUAUGUUUCUUGCGACCUUCAUUCAAUUGGUUUCCAUCAAUUUGAAAAAUUAAUAAAAGAUUUCUUUCAUCAUACUGUAGUUUUACGUAUUUCAACGUUCAAUGAUUUAUCAUAUUCACAUGAAAAACAAUGGGAAGAAUUAAUUUCAUCUUCAAUGCCAAAUUUACAUAUUUUUGAUAUAAAAAAUAGUUAUACUAAAGUAAUGAAUCGAUUUUUAUAUCUUUGUUUAAGUGAUCAAUUUAGAUCGAAGUUUUGGAAUGAAAAACAAUGGCCUUUUGAUUAUCAAUAUGAUUGUCAUGCAAGUUCAAAUAAUGGAAUACUUUAUUCAACAAAUUCAUAUCGGUAG